CCGGCACAGGAGCCGCCAUGGCGGCACCGCGGGACCGCGAGCGGGAGCUGCGCUUCUACCGGCGGCUGCCCAAAGCGGAACUCCAUGCUCAUUUGAAUGGCUGCAUCAGUUCUGCUACUAUGAAGAAACUCAUGGCACAGAAGCCAAACCUUCAGAUCCAGAAUGGAAUGACUGUGAUUGACAAAGGAAAGAAAAGAACCUUAGAUGAAUGUUUUCAGAUGUUUCAGAUCAUCUAUCAGGUUACCACGAGGACUGAAGAUAUUUUACUGAUAACUAAAGAUAUCAUUAAAGAAUUUGCUGAUGAUGGUGUCAAGUAUCUGGAAUUGAGAAGCACUCCAAGAGAAGAAAAUUCCACAGGUAUGACCAAAAGGAUGUAUGUUGAAACUAUACUUGAGGGUAUAAAGCAGUGUCAAGAAGAAGGCUUGGAUAUAGAUGUAAGGCUGUUAAUAGCAAUAAACAGAAGAGAUGGCCCAGCAGUUGCUAAGCAGACUGUUAAACUUGCUGAAGAGUUCCUACUUUCCAGUGAUGGGGUUGUAGUAGGACUUGACCUCAGUGGUGAUCCCACUGCAGGACAUGGUCAAGAUUUCUUGGAACCGCUCUCAGAAGCAAAAAAAGCGGGUCUGAAGCUGGCACUGCAUCUUUCUGAGAUUCCAAAUCAAGAAGAGGAGACCAAGAUUCUCCUGGGUCUGCCUCCUGACAGAAUUGGACAUGGAACAUUUCUCAACUCCACAGCAGCAGGUUCUGAAGAGAUAGUGUCACUGGUUCAACAGAAUCAUAUACCUAUUGAGUUUUGCAUGACAUCAAACAUAAAAUCUCAGACAGUGCCUUCCUGUGAGAAACACCAUUUUGGAUACUGGUACAGCAUGGGCCAUCCUGCAGUGCUUUGUACUGAUGAUAAAGGCGUCUUUGCAACUGAUCUAUCGCAAGAAUAUGAGCUGGUUGCCAAAACAUUUAACCUGACUCGAUCACAGAUGUGGGAUCUUUCCUAUGAAUCAAUCAACUAUAUUUUUGCUUCAAAUGCAGUAAAAUCCAAGCUAAGGGAACAAUGGUGUAAGUUAAAGCCAGCUCUGUUUGAUUAAUCCAGCUGUUGUCCUAAGUAGCUCGGGUGUAUUCGCUGAGUUAAUAAGCUUUUUUUACUGAAGUCUUCAGCUUUUUUCAAACCUCAGGGUUUUAAACCCAGCCAUGAACUGCCUGUGUGUGGUGAAGGCAACUGGAAUGCAUCCUUUGUUACUAGGGACAGAAGUAAAUGUUCUUUUGGUAGAUGGGAAGGGCUCUCAACCAGUGACUAAAAUGCCAAAUGUGUUGUCACUUUGUUUCUCUUUUAGCUGAUAUUACAUUUUAAAAAAUACUUAGUUGAAAUAUGUUAUCAUAAUAUAAACGUUUGAGAGCUGGAACAAAAUGAAGGCAGAGCAGUUGGUGUUUAAAACAUCUCUGUUGGCAGCAUUCCGCCAAGCAGUUUGAAUGUGUGGUGUGUAUUUUGGGGGUUUGUAUUGUUUUUAGGUUUUGAGCUGUUGAUUGAAUGUGAAGACAGAAACAAACUCAGGGAGAAUGAAAUAUUUAUCUCAAGGCAUUAAUUGUAUCUGUUUUUAUUGUUGUACAUGUAUGACUGAAACUGCUGUGGAUCGAGUAGCAAUCACAGCAAUUUCACCUAACAAAUUGGGGGUCUCUGCUGAUGCCCUGGUCACUUAAGAAUCUCGAAUGCCUUCAGUAACUGAGUUACUGGGCAAAGUGGCCUCAUUCUUAAAAUGAUUUUUAGAAUUGCUGUUUGUUGUGUAAAAAAGGCAAUAAAAAUAGCCUCAAGCUCCAUGUUUUUGAAACCACCA